UAGCCGCUUUCUCGUUAAAACCACAUUGAGACUUUCUCCUCCUCCUCUCUCUCUCUCUCUCUCUCUCUCUCUCUCUUUCUCUUCUCCCCUCCCAUCAUCGUCAUCUCUAGAUGCCAACAACAGCGCCCCUUUUGGAAGAAGGAGGAGGAGGACACGAGCCCACCACCUUGUUCUUUAUUCUUCGGUCUGUUCGAGAUCGGAAAUUUUGAUGUCUGGGAAGAUCUCUGACAUUGUUCGGUAGCUGUAUUCUUCUGGGGUUUACUAGGGAGGUAUAACAUCAAUGCCUUGGACGAAUCUCCCUGGAACAGAAUAAGGACUAUUAAGUUGUUGAGAAGGAUUUGAUUUUCGUAUUUGCUCGACACCUCGGAGCUCAUUCUGAUGGAUGGAGAUAAUGGCCUCAACAUGCGGAACUGGGGCUAUUACGAUGCGGGGCCGGCGGGGCCUUCCCUUCGAAGCCACCUUCCUCUUCAGCUCAUGUCGACCAUGCCUGAGAAGCCGCUCCUCGAUACACGCGCCGGUCUCAUGGGGCCCUCCAGUGGUGGGCCUUUCCAGCACCACCGAGAUAUUGGAGUCUCACACGGUAUGUUCCCCAUGGACUUCAUGAGAGAUCCCUGGAUUAGCAACAGGGAGAAGUUCCCCAACUUGUUGCCGGUAAACCACAACUACUCAAUGAUCCCUGAGACUUCUUCCACGGCUCAACACCAUAUGCAAAUGGUUCAGCCAUCUGACUUGGUCAAGGAGGAGAGAGGGGCGAUGACUCAAGUUGACGAAGUAGGUAUCGAGAUGGAGAAUAAUGUGAAUGGCCCCUCAAAGAAGAGGCAGCAGGGACCGAAGGCCCAGAAGUCACCAAAGCCGAAGAAGGCCAAGAAGGGCCCUCGGGUUCCCAAGCCUGAAACUGCAGUCGCCACCACACCUUCUGGUCCUCGGGCAAGGACUGUGAAGAAGACAACUGAGGUCAUGAUAAAUGGGAUCAACAUGGAUAUUUCAAGUAUUCCAAUACCAGUCUGCUCAUGCACUGGGACACCUCAACAGUGCUACCGCUGGGGCUCAGGGGGGUGGCAGUCUGCGUGCUGUACGACGGGACUUUCCAUGUACCCUCUCCCAAUGAGCACCAAGAGGCGAGGGGCGAGGAUUGCUGGGAGGAAAAUGAGUCUCGGAGCCUUCAAGAAGGUCCUAGAGAAACACGCCGCUGAGGGAUACAACUUUGCUAACCCGAUUGACCUAAGGACUCACUGGGCUAAACACGGAACUAAUAAGUUCGUCACCAUCAGAUAGAUGUUUUUGCUGGCUCAUGGUUGAGCAGGGUCCACCUCGUCUUUCAUUGUAUAUACUUAUCUUGGUGGCCCAAAGCAAAAAGCCAUGUGAUGGCAGGGACGAGUAGAGCUUGCGAUUUUUCUCGGCACAACUGCUGCCUUUCAAGUGCUCAGAUAUGUUUGUUUUGUUAGUUGAGGGAUCAUAAGUAUCGCUUUUUUGGUUAAACAAAACAGUGGAAUAGCUGAGGUUUUUUGCUUCCCCUUCUAGCAUUUUGCAGGUUAACUUCUUUAUCUGUUUAAUCAUAGUUCCUGAAAGUUUCUAUAGAUUACUUUGUCUCAUUUGGGAUAUUCUGCAACUUCUUUUUGUUUACCGAUAUUCACUGA